GCCUGAGUGUUUACUCCACAAACAUUUCGGGGCAAUGCCCUCAACAAUAUAUAUAGCUCUGAUCUGGACUCGGCUGUCAGCUUUGUCGUGGGAUAUUUUCAUUUCUGACAAAAUGUGCAUCAGAUAUCUUGGAUUGGUUCUUCUGAUUUGGAGUCCUGCAGCGCUUCAUGCACAAAGUGCAACACAGCCCUGUAGUGCUCCCAGGCUGGAUGGUGGUUUCUUUGCCCCAAAGCAAGAGACUUAUUCUCAUGGAACAAAGCUGACCUAUACCUGCAAUGAUGGACUUAAACCAACAGUGAAGGCUUGGUGGGUAACAAGCACAUGUCAAAAUGGUGGAUGGUCUCAUGAACCACAAUGUAUAGAUGAAACAGCCUGCAUUCCACCAGAUAUACCCAAUGCACAAUACAAAAAAAACGGUUGGUAUGAGAACAAAAAUCGAUGCAGGAUAACAUGUGACGAAGGAUAUGUACACAAAAACCGGGAUGCUACAGCCAUAUGCUCAAAUGGAACAUGGUCCUCUGUGCCGGCCUGUGAGAAAAGUAUUGAGGCAUGUGGUGAGCCCCCUAAAAUCCCCCAUGCAGUCAUCAUCCAUCAGGAAUACCGGGAGUUGUUUGCUGCAGAUUCAGAAGUGCAGUAUGAAUGUGAAGAUGGAUAUACUGUAGAGGGAGGAGGAACCAAGGAAUAUAUCACUUGCAUGUCUGGAAACUGGACUGAAGGCCCAACCUGCAUCAAAGUGAGUUCUGUGGGCCCACCUGGGGGGCCCACUACAUCAACUGGCAGUGGGAUACAACAAGUUGAAGUCAAGAACUGUAGACAGAAGCCCGUAGUUCCUAAUGGUGAUGUUGUGGGAGAUGAUCCAAUGUUUUUGAGUUACCACUGUGCUGCUUUGUACCAACGAGUGGGUCCAGAGAGAGUGAUGUGUUACAGCAACGGCAUGUGGUCAGAAGUACCCUUCUGCAAAGCCACCUUCUGUUCUGUGGACACUGAUAGAUAUCUUGCAUUAGUAUCUGUUGGAGUUAAAAUUAUAAAAGAUGGUGAGACCGAGAGAUUGGAAUGUGUGCACCAGACUCGCUGGUGGACAACUCAUUAUUCUGUGGCCCGGUGCACUAAUGGAAGAAUGACACUUUCCAGAUGUUGCGACCUUCUGGAUAAAUGGACGGUUUGCUAAGGCUGUAUCACCGAGGGGAAGAUCUGCUGCCUUUGGAUCUGCUCACCAACGACUGAGAACAGCCUGGAAACUUUUCAGAGACAACAGAGUUCUGAUUAUGCUGUCACACACU